UGGCUGUACAUAGAACUCCGUGGCUCAGGCUGACUAUGUAGUGCAGUUGUGAAAGAAGAGCGAGAGAGAGUGAGAGAAAGAGGGCACAGACUUUCUCUACCAGGUGAAUGAGUUACUGAGAGGAGAGAGCAGCAGGAAAGAAUAUCAGCUUUCACAGGACUGUGUUUUUCCAUUGGAUUACAAACAGCAAGAGGGAGAGAAAUUUCCCAGAACACACUUAGAAGGGCGAUAAUGAAGCUUCUAGCGUCAUUAACGGUGGUGCUCCUCCUGGUGGUGGUGGAGAGCAUGGCGGCAAGAGGCACAUCCAGGAGGACGAAGAGGGAGCUGAUGAGCCCGCUGCACAUGGGGGGCAUCAGGGACCCGUUUGGGUCGUACUGCGAGCAGCGGGGUGGCUGCUGCCCGGGUCGUGAGGAUCAGUGUACCGUACCCUACCUGGACACCAUCUGUUACUGUGACCUGUUCUGUAACCGAACCAUCUCAGACUGCUGCCCUGACUUCUGGGGCCACUGUCUGGGCAUCUCACCCCCUUUCAUUGGUACCUGUGAAAGAAACGGACACAAAUUCCUCUCAGGACAGACUUACAAAGAGAACUGCAACUUAUGCACGUGUGGAACCACUGGCCGUUGGGAGUGUGAGCAGCAUGCCUGUCUGAUAGAGAAUGAUAUGAUCCAGGCUGUCAACAGAGGAAACUUUGGCUGGCGGGCAGCAAACUACAGCCAGUUCUAUGGCAUGUCUCUGGACGAGGGCCUGAGGUAUCGCCUGGGGACACAGAGGCCCUCCAGGACCAUCAUGAGCAUGAACGAGAUGCAGAUGAAUAUGGAUACUCAGAAUGACCGUCUGCCUCAGUAUUUUAAUGCAGCAGAGAAGUGGCCUGGAAAGAUCCAUGAACCUCUGGACCAGGGCAACUGCGCUGCCUCCUGGGCCUUCUCUACUGCAGCGGUGGCAUCGGAUCGAAUCUCCAUCCAGUCGAUGGGUCACAUGACCCCUCAGCUGUCGCCCCAGAAUCUAAUUUCCUGUGACACGCGCAACCAAGGGGGCUGUGCUGGAGGACGUAUCGACGGAGCCUGGUGGUACCUGAGACGCAGAGGUGUGGUGACAGAGGAGUGCUACCCGUUCUCUGCUCCCCAGCAGACGACAGCAGAGGUGGGCCGCUGUAUGAUGCAGAGUCGCUCUGUGGGCAGAGGGAAGAGACAGGCUACUGCACGCUGCCCCAGCACACACACCUACCACAAUGACAUCUACCAGUCUACACCUCCCUACAGGCUCUCAUCAAACGAGAAGGAGAUCAUGAAGGAGAUUAUGGAUAACGGCCCAGUGCAAGCCAUCCUGGAGGUCCAUGAGGACUUCUUCGUCUAUAAGAGUGGGAUCUAUAAACACACAGACGUCAGCUUCACCAAACCGCCACACUACCGCAAACACAACACACACUCCGUCAGGAUCACAGGGUGGGGAGAAGAGAGGAACUAUGAUAGGACAACUAAGAAGUACUGGAUUGCUGCCAACUCGUGGGGGAAGAACUGGGGGGAGAACGGCUACUUCCGUAUCGCUCGCGGAGAGAAUGAGUGUGAGAUCGAGGCAUUCGUGAUCGGCGUGUGGGGUAGGGUCACCAUGGAAGACAUGCAAAGCCACCAUCACCACCAACAUCGCCGACGCAAGUAGAGACAGGCACUCCAGGAACUCAGCAUCCCCAGAGCCCCUUCCUUUCAUCCCAAACCCUCUACCCCUUCCUACCCGGGGGGGGCAGCACAACCAGCCCCAGACCCCAUACCCUUCACCCCGUACCCACUUCCCCUCAGCAUCCCCAGAGCCCCUACCUUUCAUCCUGAACCCUCUUCCUAGUCCUACCCUGGGGAAUCAGCACAACCAGCCCCAGAGCCCCUACGCUUCACCCCAACCCACUUCCCCUUCCUACCCUCGGGGUGCAACUCAACCAGCCCCGUACUAAACUCUGGGGGAGCAACACAUCCAGAACCCCGGAGUUCACACUCUGACCCUUGGAGGAACCAACUACCCCAAGAACCACUACUCUUACCCCUUACACCCAUAUCCCCUUACCCAACACUGUAGGUAUAUUGAAACUCCAGCCGCCCCCAACAUAACUCAAGGUUUAUGGCAUCAAAACAAACUCACAGCCUGCAGGCUUAGAGGGGCUCCUCCAUACAGGCUCCCCAGCUUCAGGACACAGCAAUAAUCACCUCAGGACUCACUAUCCCAAAGACCACACUUCCCAGACUCCUUGGCUUUGGCUUGGGAUCGACUGUUUACUUCCUGCUUCUGUUCAGAAGUCUCCAUUUUCACUGCUAUGAUGAUGAAAGGACUGGCUUGAUCUGAACUCUCUCUCUCUGGAAGCCAACCCCUUACGGACAGAUUGGGACAGUGAGAACCAGAGAGAUAGAAUGUUAGAUGACACAAGCACCAGAGAGAAACUAACAAUCCAGGUUUAGUUAGUGUUAUCACUGAGGACCUAACUCUUAAUCAUGCUAGCUAUAUCAUAUUCCUAUUACUGGCAGCAGAUCUGCAGUUCCAGUAGCCACGCAUCUCCACACAUUCCCCAAAAGGUUUUCUAGUAGAAUUUUACACUGGAAAGGGUGCUGGUCUAAGGCUUGGUGGUAGGUGGGAUUGAGUUUAGUGAACUGUCCUUUUGACCAAUAAUUUAUUUCCCCUCAUUUACCAAAAAACACUGUUUUCUUUUUAGUACAAUCCUGUACUAUACUAAGUGUAUAGUACAGGAUGGAUUCUCAGUAAGCUCUGGAAAUGUUCAGUACCACAUAACCUGUCUGGUUAUGGAAGAGAUGGUGUCAAUCUUCCAAUGAUAUCAAAUCAACUUCAGUCUCAUGACCAUGACAGCUCUUGACUGAUUCCAACUGCUUGAACAUAAUGUUUCUGUAAGAAUAAUUUUAGUGGGUCAACCAUUUAUAAAUGUCCCUUAAUAGACAGUAUACACUCUUAGAAGUAACAGAGCCUGGAAAAACCUUUAGAACCAAAGAACCAAUUAUAAAAAUUAUUCGAGGAACCCCUGUGUAAAGGUUCACAUGAGAACCUUUUUGUGAUGAGUGAGGUUCAAUUCUGAACCUUUUUAAUAAUAUAUUGUAGAGGUGGCAGCCUAUCAGAAGAUUGGAGGUGUAUCUUAUUGGAGGUAUGGCUUUCAGAUAGGUAUUUUUGGCCACCCAUUACAGUAAAUGUCAUUCCUGUUCAUCAUGUAAAGUUUCAUCAUGCAAAUUUCAAUUUUCCUUGAAUAUUUAUGCAUAUUACAUAUUCUAAUAUAAUAUUAAUAAUAUUAACAUUGCUGAUGACAUAAGGUCCAAAUUGGGAUUGGCAUAGGCUCUUGAGGAACUCGUACACCUCUGUAAGCCUCAUUGAAGCUACAGAACUGUCAUUGUUCAACCUUAACAUGUGAUGAAAAUACAACAGAAAAACUGAAAGCCACACCCCUACCAAGCCACACCUCCAUUCCAGGGUUCCGACAGGAACCCUUUGCUACCUUGAAACAUGAAAGGUUCCUCCAAGAACCCCUCAACUAACCUAAGGUGCAAAUAUUCACCACUAAUUCUAAAAGAGUGUACACAUUCCGUUUAUUAAUCAGCUGGUUGACAAAAACAUAUCUUGGAAAAAAAGAGGCAUUGAUUGAAAUAUCUGAGUUGUCAUUUCUUUGAAGAAGGUAAAAUGGCCACCACCAUGUCAUUUUCAGAUGUUGCUUCAACAUGGAAACGUCUUGGUUGAUCAAAUGCCUUAAAGAAAUAAGUGCUGUUUUUCGACCUCUGGUUGAAAAUAUCCCAUGGUUUGUGUAUUAUAAUCUUCAUCGGUUUCCUUCCGUGUACAUUGUUUUGCUAUAAUGCUGAAAAUAUUGUUGUAUUUUACUCCUAUUUUCUUACUUGCUUUGAGAGAUGUGGUUGUCUCACACACACACUCCCCUCCCCUUACCAGCUGCUUUGAAGAGUGUUUGGGUGGUGCACUUACUCCUUCUGAAGGUGAACACACACAAAAUCAAAGUGCCUGACUCUAGGGAGAGGAGGAGGUCGGACUCAGCUGCCAAAGUCUGUUAAAUGCUGUUUCUUUAUAGCCUAAAUCUCACAGAUGCAACAUGCCACUAACACUGCAGUAUUCAGCAAUAGGCAUGUGUAGGCCUACACCAGACUCAUUGUGACGUUUCAAAGGUUGUGUAUUUCCAAAGAAGUGUUAGGUAGGUAGCUCAAUCCUCAACUGAAGCCAGUAAUCACACAGGUUCUGAUAUACUGAUAUAACUUGAUAUAACUGCCUUAUGUAAUGUUGCUCUAGGUGCUCUUUUUAUACUGUCUCCAAUUCAGAUAUAUUAUUUCUGCCUAUCAUGAGUUUUAAAGUUUCCAAUGGUGGCAACUGUCCUUUUAGAGGCCACAUCAUGUAUCAGUUCACACUGUGCAGUCUCACUUCACAAUAAACUGCUUGGCUUCCCAGAA